CUCACAAACCCAUCUGAAAUCCACUCUCACAAACCCAUUGGAAGCUCUCACCGAUGAGAUCGUAUUCUCCAUCAUCGACAGCCUCGGGGAUGAUCCUCGAGGCAAAAAAUCAUUCUCUCUCGUAUGCACAUCCUUCCACUCCAUUGAAUCGCGUCACCGCAAAACCCUCAAGCCUCUUCGCGCCGAUCUCCUCUCAAGAACACUGCAAAGAUACCCUUUUAUAUCUCGCCUUGAUCUCAGUUACUGUCCACGUAUUGAGGACGAUAUGCUUUCGAUUAUGUCUACAACUUACAAAUCUACAUUGCUGUCGAUUGAUCUUUCAUGUUCUAGAUUUUUUACAAAUGUGGGUUUGUCGAGUUUGGUCAUGAACUGUUCAGCUUUGGUUGAGAUUGAUUUGUCAAAUGGGACCGAGUUGAUGGACUCGGCAGCGGCAGCGAUUGCGGAGGCUAAGAACUUGGAGAGGUUGUGGUUGGCAAGGUGUAAAUUGAUAUCAGACAUUGGAGUUGGGUGUAUAGCUGUGGGGUGUAAGAAAUUGAAGCUGAUUUGCUUAAAGUGGUGUUUGCGUAUUAGUGAUCUGGAUGUGGGUUUGAUUGCUUUGAAAUGUAAGGAGAUUCGUAGUUUAGAUCUUUUUUACUUGCCGGUAAUUACUCUUCUCCCUUUUACUUUUUCAAUGAUAGAAGCUGUUCUCAGUAAUUUUGGCUACCGGUUAUUACCAAAUCUCAUAUUGCAUUGA